AGGAGAUGAUUCUGGGGUCUCAGAACUGUGGAGCACAGACGGGUGCUGUAGCUGGUGGGAGGAAGUCUUGGAGGCCAUGGACACUUAGCCACUGGGAUCACCGAGAUGAGCAGCAGCUGUUCAGGGCUGAGCAGGGUCUUGGUGGCUGUGGCUGCAGCCCUAGUGUCUGCCUCCUCCUCCUGUCCCCAGGCCUGGGGCCCCCCAGGGGUCCAAUAUGGACAGCCUGGAAGGUCCAUGACGCUGUGUUGCCCGGGAGUGACUGCUGGGACCCCCGUGUCCUGGUUUCGGGACGGGGAGACAAGGCUGCUCCAGGGCCCUGACUCUGGGCUAGGGCAUGAGCUGGUGCUAGCCCAGGCAGACAGCACUGACGAAGGGACCUACACCUGCCGGACCCUGGAUGGUGCACUUGGGGGCACAGUGACCCUGCAGCUGGGCUACCCCCCCGCUCGGCCUGUUGUCUCCUGCCGAGCAGCUGACUAUGAGAACUUCUCCUGCACUUGGAGUCCCGGCCAGGUCAGCGGUUUACCUACCCGCUACCUUACUUCCUACAGGAAGAAGACAGUGCCAGGAGCUGAUGGCCAGAGGACAAGUCCAUCUACAGGGCCCUGGCCGUGCCCACAGGACCCCCCAGGGGCUGCCCGCUGUGUGGUCCACGGGGCAGAGUUCUGGAGCCAGUACCGAAUCAAUGUGACUGAGGUGAACCCCCUGGGAGCCAGCACACGCCUGCUGGAUGUGAGCUUGCAGAGCAUCUUGCGUCCUGACCCACCCCAGGGGCUGCGGGUAGAGCCAGUACCUGGUUACCCCCGCCGCCUGCGUGCCAGCUGGACAUACCCUGCCUCCUGGCCCCGCCAGCCCCACUUCCUGCUCAAGUUCCGGCUGCAGUACCGUCCAGUGCAGCAUCCCGCCUGGUCCAUGGUGGAGCCGGCUGGAUUGGAGGAGGUGAUCACAGACGCUGUGGCUGGGCUGCCCCAUGCCGUCCGGGUCAGUGCCCGGGACUUUCUGGAUGCUGGCACCUGGAGCGCCUGGAGCCCUGAGGCCUGGGGGACCCCGAGCACUGGGCCCCUAACUAAGGAGAUACCAGCUGGGGGUCAGCCAUACAUGGAGAAGGAGCCGCAAGCAGACAGCCCUGCUCCCCCAAGGCCCUCCCUCCUGCCAGACCUACAGCCACUUGUCCACAGGGACCCCCUGGAGCAGGUGGCUGUCCUAGCAUCUUUGGGAAUCUUCUCGUUCCUGGGCCUGGCAGCUGGGGCCCUGGCACUGGGGCUCUGGCUGAGGCUGAGACCAGAUGGGAAGGAUGGACCCCAGAAGCCUGGUUUCUUGGCCCCGAUGAUUCCAGUGGACAAGCUUCCAGGAGCCCCAAACCUAUAGAGAACCCAGGAAGACUUCAGCUAAUCCCAUCUAUAUAACUCUGUCUUGCUGGUUCGGAUGGACGGACAGAUAGAACCCAGGCAGGACAGUGGAUCCUCAUGAGGGGAGGUGUCUCAGCUGAAGUUUUGUUUGGAGCCCGUUUCUAUGAGACUAUCUGUUCCAACUUGCCAGAUGAAAGGUACCUGGGCCUCUGAUUUUAUCCCAGAGCUAGAGGUCCACCAGUGGAAUGUUUAUAGAUGUGAAUAUCUGUGUCCAUAUGUGCCCAUGUGUAUGUGAGGCAGGGAACAUGUGUUCUCUGCAUGUAUGUAUGUAGAUAUCUGGGGAGUGUGUGUGGGUCCUUGGCUGUUAGCCUUGCCCCUGGUGGGGGUUGUGAAGGUGUGAAUAAAGAGAAUGAGGAGGUUCUUUGUUUAUUGA